AUGUCUCUACUGCCAUUCUGCAAGAAGGGGGUAGCUAGUAUUACCUUGUAAUUAGUUUUAGGUAUUGUUAGAGGAAUUGACAAUCUAGGAGAUAGAAUCAUCACAAAGACUUUGAAAGGUCAAGAUGGAAAUAAGUAUGGAAUGGUCAGAUAUAUUCAACUUGAAUUUAAUGGUUCUCCUUAAACUCUUAAAAUCGCCUAACAUCAAGCUUACAUGAAUACUGAAACGCUCUAAGUUUUCCAUCAUAAAAUAAAAGACUAGCAAUAUUUAAAGAGAACUCUAAAGAGACUUAAUACAGAGUUGUCACCACUCAAGGAUGAGGAGACUAAAGACGCUAAUCUAGUGAGAAAUAUGUGGACUUAAUAUGUGAGAAACUCUAACUUCCAAAGAUAUACAAAUGAUAAUGAGGUCAGAAGAGAGUAAGAGAACGUGCAUGCUUUCCUUAAGAAAAUGGAAGUUGGUGAAGAUCAUGAAGAUGCUCAAACUGUAGCUAAGGUUGCAACAGGUUAAAUGGAUAAAGAUGAUAUUAAAAUGAGAAACUAUUUGAUUAAGAGAUAUCAAAAGAAGAGAUAUUCUUGA